AUGGCUGAAGCGAAUCUCGACGGCGAUUCUUCGGCUUUCCAGAAAACGGUGAUCCUGAGAGAUUGGUGGCUGAUCAAAUGUUCAAAGGAAUUCGAGGGGAAACGAUUUGGUGUUGCUGGAACCGAGAUUGCAGCUUCCGUCGAGACACGAGCAAUGCGUGUGUUUACAUCUUCCCCAAUCAUCAAAGCCUUUGAUGUUUUCACACUCCAAGCAUCUGACGGAAUCUGCAUCACACUCCGAGGAUUCCUUAACAAAGAACGCGUUGUUAAAAGUGGAUUUAUCCCUGAGAUCUCCCGUGAAUUCAUCUUCGGGUUUCCUCCUAGUUGGGAACAAAUUUGUAACAAUUGCUUUGGAGGAGUCACUGAUGUCAAUACCGUCCCUACGGUAAACGAUAAAGCUUGUUAUCCCUUUUUAUCACCAUGUAAGAACUCAAGAGGGAGACUAGAGGAUAGUCCCGCCGAGAGCAGAGCUAAAAGCCCUGUGACUGAGAAGAACAUCAACGAGAAAGAUACUCGCAGUGGUUGUUCUGUAGCAAGAGAUAUAAAAAAUCCCCCUCGUCUGCAAUCCAAACGUGGUGGAAAAAAGGCAGAGGACGAAAGGGAACUUGGGUUGAGCAAACUCCAGAGCACUGCUAGUGAUGGAGAUAAUGGCAAUGAAGGCUUGAAGAAGGCUAAGAGCGGUGAUGUGGAAAAAGAUGAAUGCGAGGCUAUCUGUAAUGAAGGUGAUGAAAUGAAACUCGAUGAGAGUAAAGUCCAGAAUCGUACUAAUGGUGGAGAUCAUGGCUGUGAAGGUCUGGAUGAGGCUAAGAGCAGUGAUGUGGAAAUAGAUGAAUGUGAAGUUAUCAAUAAUGAAGUGAUAUCGCCAGCGGAUGGAUGUGGUAAGAAGCAUACCGGUGCUGAUAUUGUUGAUAGAGUAACAAGUAUGAGUGCUGCUGGAGAAUCACUGACUUCAAAACAGGGGAAAGGUGAACCUAAGGUGACAAGAGCUUCUCCACAUUCCCUGUUUGAAGACUUAGAUAAGAGUAGUAAGCGUGGAAAGAAGGGAAUUUCAAAGAAAAGUGGCAAGACCCUCAAAGGUGACGGCAAUGUAGUAGAGCAUGUGGAUCACUCUGGGACCAAAGUCAAAAGGGCAAAGAACAAAAAGAAACUUGAUGCGAGUGAAGUCCAGCAUCCUACUGCUAAUGAUGAAGAUCAUGGUACUGAAGGUUUGAAUAAGGCUAAGGGCAAUGACGCAGAAAAAGAUGAAUGUAUCGCUAUCGAUAAUGACGCAUGUGGUAAAAGGCAUUCUGGUACAGAUAGCGAGAAAUUAAUAAGUAAAAAUGCUACAAAAGAAUCACUGACUUCAGAACAGCGAAAAGGUAAAUUUAAUAGUAGCAAGCCUGGAAAGAUAGGAAAAUCAAAGAAAAGGGAGAAGACCUUUAAAGGUGGCUUGAAUGUAGUAGAGCCUAUGGAUCAUUCGGGGUCGGAGGUUAAAGAAGCUGAAGCAAACUUGUCAAGGGAAAAAACAAACCGGAAGAUCGACUUCGAUGAGGAGGUAACACCGGAUAGAGAAGCGAAGAAGACAAAUGCAGUCUCUGCUGACUCAUUAGGACAGAAACGGUCAAGAUCAGGAAGGGUGCUUGUGUCAUCACUAGAGUAUUGGCGAAACCAAAUACCUGUUUAUGAUAUGGAUCGAAAUCUUAUCCAAGUACACGAAGGUCGUGGGACUUACUCCACUCCAUCUCAAGGAAAAGGAUCGGAUCCUCGAAAACCAAGAAGAUGA